GCCCUCUUCUUCAGUCUGGUUGGUUGUGUUGUGUUGCUCCCAUCGUUUUCUUGGUCCGCCGCCAGAGGUUCUCCAACGCCUCACACGCGGCGCCACCUCUCAGCGGUCGUCUGCUAUCUGGAAAGGGCGCCAUUUUUGGCAGGCAGACGAGAGGAGAAUUGUCGAACUGUCGUCUGCGUUAUGGGACGGGAUUUUUAAGACUCUAGCAGCUGUAGAAUCGCACACGGCACUGAACGUGCAGUACAUACAAUGUACGGCUUCAUGUGCGUGGUAGAAAUUGUGUUGUCGUGCGUCGUGAAAGUCCGCGGGAAGUGAAAAUAUGCGAUGCCGACGUAAGAGGCAGCAUGCGGCGCCGGGCUUUGAACUAUCAGCCGGCGACUUGUGUGAGUUGUGGAGCGUCUGUGACGAGUUUGUUGUGAGUGGCUGUGACACGGGCGAACCGAGCGGAUAACGACAGGAAAAGUCGUCGUCUUAGUGAAAAUGCUGCGUGGAUUUCCCAGCGGCGGUGGGGGCGGAGGGGGCUUCGGAGGGCCGUGGGAUAAGCUUAUGUCCAAGUUCUACAGGCAACAACAGCAGCAGCAGCAGCACAGUCAAAGUAGCAAGGAUGGCAGGUCCCUACCAAAACUCAGCAGCGAGGACACCGGUGGAGGGUGCGAGGGCCCUGGAGUCGGCGGCGCGCUCUUAUCGCCUCAGCAACAGCAACAACAAGGCGGCUACCAGUCAUCGGGGGGUGGACACUUCGAGCCCAUCCCUCACGACCACGACUUUUGCGAGCGCGUCGUCAUCAACGUGAGCGGGCUGCGCUUCGAGACGCAGCUGCGCACCCUCAACCAGUUCCCGGACACCCUGCUAGGCGACCCUGGACGGCGGAUCCGGUACUUCGACCCUUUGCGCAACGAGUACUUCUUCGACCGCAACCGGCCGAGCUUCGACGCCAUCCUGUACUACUACCAGAGCGGCGGCCGGCUCCGACGUCCCGUCAAUGUGCCCCUGGACGUGUUUGCCGAGGAGAUCAAGUUCUACGAGUUGGGCGAGGGCACUUUCAACAAGUUCCGCGAAGACGAGGGCUUCAUCAAGGAAGAAGAGCGGGCUCUGCCUGCUCGACAGUUUCAACGGCGUGUGUGGCUCCUCUUCGAGUACCCAGAAAGUUCUCAGGCUGCCCGCGUGGUGGCUAUCAUUUCUGUGGUGGUCAUCCUACUUUCCAUAGUCAUCUUCUGUCUGGAAACGCUGCCGGAGUUCAAGCAUUACCGCAUGUUCCCGGCAGCCAACAACAUGACGCGGGUGGUAGAGGACGAAGUGCCCAAAAUUACGGAACCUUUCUUCCUAAUCGAGACGUGCUGUAUUGUUUGGUUUACGUUCGAACUUUUCGUGCGUUUUUGCGCGUGUCCCUGCAAGAUCGCCUUCUUCAAGGACGUCAUGAACAGUAUAGACUUGGUGGCCAUAGUGCCCUACUUUAUUACAUUGGGCACGGUGAUCGCGCGCGAGCGGGAAGGGCCGUCCUUCCUGCCCCCGGACAAGGGCUCCAAUCAGGCCAUGAGCCUCGCCAUCCUUCGGGUUAUUCGGCUAGUGCGCGUCUUCCGAAUUUUCAAGUUGUCCCGCCACUCCAAAGGCCUCCAGAUCCUCGGACGCACCUUGCGUGCCUCCAUGCGGGAACUGGGUCUUCUCAUUUUUUUCCUCUUCAUCGGAGUGAUCCUAUUUUCCUCGGCGGUGUACUACGCGGAAGCGGACUCCGACCGCUCCUAUUUCAAAAGUAUCCCGGAUGCCUUCUGGUGGGCCGUGGUGACCAUGACCACAGUUGGCUACGGGGACAUGCGCCCUGUGGGCGUCUGGGGGAAGAUCGUCGGCUCGCUGUGCGCCAUCGCCGGCGUGCUGACCAUCGCGCUGCCCGUGCCUGUCAUCGUGUCCAACUUCAACUACUUUUACCACCGGGAGACCGACCAAGAGGAGAUGCAGUCUCAAAACUUCAACCACGUAACCAGCUGCCCCUACUUGCCCGGUACCGUGGGUGCAAAGCUGAAGAGGGACUCGGAGUCCGGCUCCGAUAUCAUGGAGCUGGACGACGGCAGCGGGCCGCUGUUCCCGCUGACUCAUCAACCGCCCAGCAAUGCCAACAACAACAACAAUCCCGGCAGUGGAGGAGGAACGGCUGCCGUAGAGACCGACGUUUGAUAGAACGUCUGCUCGGUGAGUUGAGGCAUCAGCGUAGGAACAGUAUCAUCCUGGCGACCCUGAAAGCGUUUGCCGAACUGGUUUCGUUUUCGUCACAAGCUGCCAUU